UUCCAGCGCAGUCACACAGCAGUCAGACAGACAGCUCACACGUCAAUAUGUUCCAGACGCUGGAGGUGCACAAUGGAGAGGCAGCAAUGCUGAUCAGCGUUUGCUACACAUCUUAGGCCGUGCAAGAACAGACGAGCAGACAAAGAAGAAAAAAAUGGAUUACAAAUAUGACACCGGACUAGAACUGCUGUUGGCUCAUAUGAAUGUAGAGGACAUCAUCAACGCAGCAGAAACACUGUAUCAGCUUGAGGAAGAGGAAGAAGCUGGUUUGUCUUUUGAUGAAGAGGGACUUUCCCAGGAGGAGAUGGAUGAAAAUGAGGAGAUAGUGGACAGAGUGGGUCCAGGGAAGGAGCAGAAGGACUAUGGUAAUGGGGUUGGGGGUGUCCGCUAUGGGACGGUGCAGGACCUGCUGUCCUUUGUGAACCUCCUGUCCAACAUGCAGACUGCAGCUCUGCAGCACCUGCCUGAGGAGAUAGGAGUCCUCCUAAAUAAGAAGGAUAUGGCCGUUCAAAAAGGCCGCUACCAGAUCAACAUGGAUGUUCUUCUGUUUCCAUGGACAUUAACCUACAAAAAUCCCGGCCCUGGCCUCGUGCCCAAAGGCUCAUUUGGGAAAGUCCACUUAGCUCAGGACAUCAAGACCAGGAAGAGAAUGGCCUGCAAACUGAUCCCCAUUGAGCAUUUUAAAGCAGCUGAUGUGGAGUUCCAGGCCCGAUUCCGCCAUGAGAACAUCGCCGAGCUGUAUGGCGCCGUGCUCUGGGACCAGAACGUCCACCUGUUCAUGGAAGCUGGGGAAAGCGGCUCGGUCCUGGAGAAGCUGGACAGCUGUGGACCCAUGAGGGAGUUUGAGAUCAUCUGGGUGGCCAAGCAGGUCCUGCGGGCGCUGGAGUAUCUGCAUUCACACAAUGUUAUCCAUCAUGACAUCAAACCCAGUAACAUCGUCCUAAUGUCGGACAAGGCCGUCCUGGUGGACUUUGGUCUGACAGUGCAGAUGACAGAGGAUGUAUACACCCCCAGAGACCUCAGAGGAACAGAGAUGUACAUGAGUCCAGAACUGGUUCUGUGCCGAGGACAUAACACCAAGACGGACAUCUACAGCCUUGGCACAACCAUAAUCCACAUGCAGACCGCUAGCCCUCCUUGGGUCAGGAGGUACCCACGAACCGCCUACCCAUCUUACCUCUACAUUAUCCACAAGCAGGCGCCGCCUCUGGAGGACAUACCGGAGGACUGCAGUGCAGUAAUGCGGGCGUUUUUGGAGCGGGCCCUAGAGAGGAACCCCACCCUGCGGAGUUCUGCGUCCGAGCUUCUGAAGGACGAGGCCCUGAAUCCUCCCAGGGAAGAUCAGCCCCGCUGCUGGAGCCUUGACUCAGCUCUGGAGGAAGCCACCCACAUGUUGCAGCAGCAGCCUAGUCAGCACCACGACACCACGCAGGAAUCCUCUCUUUACUCUGAAGACUCUGGCCACUUACGGAGGAAGGGCUCUUUGUACAUAGACUUGGGGGCCUUGUCAGGCUACAGCAAGCUGGUGGCAGGACCUCCAGCCUCUGAAUACGGAUAACCGUAUUCCUCCAAAAGAUUGAUCUUAGCAGAACUGUAAAGGCCAGUCGCUCAUUUGCUUUUAGCUUUUGAGUUGAAACUUCCAGAGAGCUGCAGGCAAUAUGACUCAUGAAUAAAACAGGAGACAUGGUGCCCACAUUGAGCAGACUGCAUUUUAGGAGACAGCAGCUGUUGUAACAUCAUAUUUAGGCUCACAUUUACCGUUUUUUUAAAAUGGUCAUUCUCUUUAGGAGGGCCUGUUGAAGGAUGAAAGUGCUGCAUCCACUUAAAGUCAUGUGUCAGUUAAUAGAGGGAAUUUUCUUUCCACGGACUAUAAUCAUGCUCAUCUGGGGGAGUUAAAUUGAUCAAUGCUGCAAUAAGGACUUGAGGCAGAGCAUUUUUAAUCAAGCCUUUACUAUAACUGCCAACUUGCUUCCUUGUUGGCUUUAUCUUUUUAUUUAAAGCGGACACAUGUAUGUUUUGUUUACGUAUUGUCAUUAGUCUGAGCUGAAUUCUCACAUCCUUAUGUUCUAUAAAAAGAGAAUUUCAUACUGAAU